UAAACUCACGGGCGCCUUCCCUCCUCUCAACCCCUAUAUAAACACCAACGCACCUGCUAGAUAUGCAUCCGACCACAGAAAUAACUAGCUAGCUAAAAAUUAAUCAAAAAGGAAAAGAAGUGUGCGAUUUUUUUUAUCUUCAGAUCUCAUCAAUGGAGGCAUUUCUUCGUCAUCAUCGGAAGGCGAUAGUGGCAGCGCUAGCUGUGCUUCUGGUUGGCAUGGCCAGCCUUGACACGAGCACAGUUAGGGUGGAAGCCCAAACGCCGAGCCUGUGCAACGUGUCGGUGGAAGAUCUAAAGACGUGCAAGCCAUUCGUGACGGUAAGGAGUCCAAACCGCAGUCCUGUGGCGAAGCCAUCGGGGCCAUGCUGCGCCGCACUCGCCAAAGCCAACGUACCAUGCCUCUGCUCCUAUGGCAAUUCCACCCUGCUGCCUACCCUCGGCAUUGAUCCCAAACGGGCCAUGCAGCUCCCCCGUCGGUGCGGCCUAAAAGCCCAUUGCUAGCUCCUUCUUCUAUCCAUUACGCAUCUCUCAAAUAUCAGUCCGUCAUCAUAUCUGCC